UGGCCCUAUAAAAUGGGGCCACCAAUUCACUCUACAUUCAGUUACCUCUAUUUACUGCUGAUCUAUCGUGCAUUUAAUCCGUUAAAAUGGGUCUGAGCGAAGAUUUUGAGGUGGCAGCUAAUAAAAUCAGGGGAUUUUCGAAAAGGCCAUCCGACUCGGAUAUGCUGGAAGUGUACGCUCUUUACAAGCAAGCUACUGUUGGAGAUACCAACACCGCUAAGCCGAGUGGUGCUGAAGCUGUAGCCAAGUGGAACGCCUGGAGCAGCAAAAAAGGAGUUUCAUCUGAUCAAGCCAAAGAGCAAUACAUCGCUAAAGUUGCCGCUUUGGCACCGAAAUUUGCGUAAAUCAUGACUGGAUAUUUUAGUCUUAGCGCUGUGUGGUAGUAUUUAUUAAUAAAGACUUUCAUCGUG